GGCAGAUUUGGCUCCGAUGGUUUCAACUUCCCAAAGCCAUGGCCAUUGCCAUGUCGCUCAUGUUGCUCCAUCUGAGUAUCUGCGUUCCAGCGGAUGCAUGGGCUCACGGCCAUAGUGGUCAUGCUGGCCAUUCCUACGGCUCACGUGGCUCGCAUGGAUGGGGCAGUGGCUCUGGUGGUGAUUCUUCGGGCUGCUGGUCAUCAUUGCCUGUGCCUGCCUCAAAUGCGAGCUGACACGAGCCUACAGUGGGAACGAGACUCAUGGAUAUUUGGUGGUCCCGGAGAUUUUCUGCUGCGAGAGGGCCCCUGUGAUGGUUCCAUGCGCUGGCCCCAGCAAGUCGCACUACUACUGUGCGCGAGUUUGGCUGGCGGUGCUUCUGCAUGGCACACACGCGGCGGCAACCUUCGUGCGCGUGGAUGAUCGGCAGUUUCCACCGAAAGCAGAGUUUCAGGUUGCUUUUGUGGCUCCUGAAGGUGAGCAUGGCGCACCUUUCUUGCAGGUGGAGGGAGAUGGGCAGAUUUUGCUGCUUUCAGCGGCAGACAUGUUUGAUGGCCAGUUUUACCAGGUGGCUCCAGGCGACUUCAUCGGCUUCGCCCCUACUACGCGGCAGGACGUCCUUGAACAUAUUCGCACCCGAGUCUCUUUCGUCCCUUCUGCCCCGGCGGUACAGCCAAACCAGACGGGCGGCUGCAGGAUUGCCUAGGCAUACCUUUACAAGUGUCGUGGUCAAAACAUUGAUUGUGAG